GUGCCUCCUUUAUCUGGAACCUUAAGGGCCAUCCUUAAUAUCAAGAAAUCCUACCGUAGUCCCAAGAGCAGAAAAUUCCCACUGGGGGAAUAUUUUUGGCAAGUAGUCCACAGAAGUGAACCUCACGUUCCUUCUUCAGGCACCAAAAGGCCCUCUGUUUGUCUCAGGUUGCUGGGAAAUACUUCAGCAUACAAACCCUGCCCACUCCAAGGCAGCAGGUGUAGGAAAACAUCCUGGUGGAUUAUGCUCCUUGUUAAACAAUUACAGUCAAAAUGAGUGAGGCGACUUCUGCCUCAGCCACUGCUAGUUUUGGUUGCCAGCUCUAACACUGGCAGCCUCUUGCCCAGAGCAGAAUAAUAGUUGGGCAACAUUUUGGGUGUGGCCUGGACCUGCCCUACCUUUAAAACACUUUGCCCUGCCUUGGGCUUGCCCAGCUACCUUGGGGUUCAGAGUGAGUAACUCUUGGGGUUAUCUUCCUUCCUGGAGCAGCAGUGCUGACAUGUCUUGGCUGGGUCUGCAAGGCGCUUCAGGGAAUAAGAAAGAACAGAUCUGAACGCAGACGCUGAAGGAAGUUUAGCUCAAGCUGCCAUCUUGGGCGCCAACAUUCGGAAGCUCUCCUCCCAGCUAACGCUUGAUCGGCUGCACCAUGCUCAGCUGGAAACUCCCCAGACUUCUCAACAUUAAUCAAGUUCCCCAAGUUUUCCGAGAAGAGGGCAUUCUUUGUGGUUACCGUCACCCCAAAAGUUCUGCGGCAGACUGCAUCUUCAGUAUCUUCCAGAUGACAAAUGAAACUAUGAACAUCUGGACACAUUUUCUACCCGCUUGGUACUUCCUCUGGAAGCUUCUGGCUUCACUCCAUGCCUGGGAUGUCUGGAGAGACCACCAUACGUGGCCCUUUCUUGCCUACCUGGGGACCUGUUGCGUUUAUCUGCUGAUAUCCAGCGGCGCUCACACCUUCAGCCCCAUGUCCAGCCGGGCGAGGCACCUUUGCUAUUUCUUCGAUUACGGGGCACUUGCGCUGUACGGUUUCGGCUCUGCCGUGGCUUAUUCCGCCUACGUGUUCCCAGAAGAGUGGUCCGGCAGCCCCUUCCAUCGCGCCUUCGUUCCCGCGGCUGUGCUUAACGCAGGGAUCGCCACCAGCCUCUCCUGCUUCUCCAGGUUCAUGGAAACGGAGCAGCCAAAGUUCAGCAAAGUGAUCCGCCUCUUGGCCUUUGCGUAUUCUUACCUGUUUGACAGCUUGCCUCUCUUCUACAGGCUGUACUUGUGCGAGGUAAACGUUUGCACGGAAAGUGUCCUUGCAAUUCACUACAAGCACAUUGUCUUCGCUUGCCUCACCUGCUUCUUUUUUGCUGCACACCUGCCAGAGAAGUUGGCACCCGGCCUUUUCGACUAUGUUGGGCACAGUCAUCAACUCUCCCACAUCUGUGCAGUCAUGGGGACUCAUUUCCAAAUGGAAGCCCUUCGUGUGGACAUGGAAGACCGCAGCAAGGCCUCCUUGCCCUCCACUUUCUUCUCACAAACAGUGGGUUUCUUUGCGGCUGCCGUGGUUGUCAACCUUGUCAUCAUUGCCAUUUUCUCUAAGGCACUCUAUUCCACACCCAGAUUCUCCAAGAAAGGAAGCAAGCGCCAGGACUAAUAUUUUGUUAGAAAUAACAUCAAAAUUCUACCACUUUUAACAUAAAAGGUCCAACACGAGGUACUGCUUUGAAGAAAAUACAGCAAAUACUCUUCGUGGAGCACAUCAAGGGACUUGAUUCAACUUCGGAUUUGCUUUCGUGUGAACUGUGAAGUACCACACAACUAGCAAUUUGCUCUUCAAAGGGUUAGGCUAGGAUAGUUUGACUUGGAGUAUUUCAGAAGGACUGCAAGUUUCAGGACUCAGUAAAGGAACUGAGUAACUUCGGUCUUUUGAAUUUAUACCAAUAGGAGGCUCUACACUAACUGAUGAAAGUCAAAUAGAAACCCAGCUAUUCUAUAGUAGUGGGGAACAGCUGGCCCAUUGAAUGAAAAGGCCACCUUCUGUGCCCCGCAGGAGUCACCUGACCCCCCGGGGCCAAUGGGGGAAAGAAGGGGGCACCCAGGGCAAAUCCUUCCGCGGGCUGCAGGAACAGGGCACAAAUCCUGAAGAUUUCAGCUCUUCCCGCAGCCCGCAGGGGGAUUUCAGCUCCCCUGGUUCCCUCUGCUCGCAGCUGACUUUCUGGGGACGCCGGCAGAGAAGACUGCAAAUGGCAAUCAUGCGAUUGCAGGGUGUUGGCCACCGGUCGUAAAUGCGAGCCAGUUGCCAAGUGCCUGAAACGCAGUCACAGGAUUACAGGGGGAGGGCGGUGUGGCAUUUUAUGAUGGCGGGAAGUGCUUUACAGGCUGUAAAGCAGGGUUCCUCAACCUCAGCAACUUGCAGAUGGGUGGACUUCAACUCCC